UGCAGCAAUGUGAAUAAAAGCAAAACUAAAAUAGAGUUAGCUGUAAAGCUCUGGUUCUGUGCUGCAUGACGGGGUUCAGGCAGAUUUACCUGAUUUCACUUGAUGUUUGCUGGUCAUGAUCCACGUUCAAGGAGAAAUGUCUCGGAGACAGCCUUGGAAGGGCUUUCAUUGAGCUUCUGAGGAAAUCUGCCUUCACUUUCAUCAGUGCUCUCCUCCUCUUCCUCCCUCUUUAAUUGCCAGAGCACCCGCCUGGCAUAAAACCAGGCGAUGUGUGUGUUCCUGUGUGUGUUUACGGAGCUGCCGAGGCCUCGUGGCGUGCUAAUAGUCGUCUAACAUCUCCCAGAUGGAGCUGUCACACCCACAGUAAGGCUCAGGGAAUGUGUUAGCAGCCUCUUCCUCCUCCUCCUCUGUUUGUUGAAGGCUGCUCUGAGCUGCUCUCACUGGUUCCACAUGUUCUCAUCUGGAUCCUCAGCAGUCAGACUCAGUUCAAAUCCAACCAAAUAAAUCGAAUUAAAACCAAACGUGCUGCAGCACAACAGGAGCCGGAUUGCUCUUCAUCCUGAGAGAACUUGUUAAAUCCUGGUUGUUGUCAGUUUGUCAUGGAGCUACUUUAUUUAACCCAUUCAGACAAACCCGGAGUUUAGCUCUAAUGUUUUCAUUUUAAAUUAUAAUUCUUUAUUUUUAAGUUUUAGUAGAAAAAAAUAAAAUUUUUAUGAACUUGAUGUAAUCAAACAACAGAGGACCAACAGUGGAGGCCUGGGGAACUUCUGUUUUCUAGUUUUACUAAAUACAAUUAUUAUUGUCAUUAUAUAAGGUGACUUUUAUGUCUAAACAUUUCUAAUUUUGGUAAUAUUCCACAGGUGAAAGAAGGAAAUCAUAGAAACCUGUUAAAAAUGGGAUUUAAAUGACAGUGUCCUAGUCAAAGUUAACACCAAGGUUCUUUACUUUAUUGCUGGAGGUCAAUUUAAUGCCGUCAGCAUUGACUUCAGAAUUUCUUUAUAUCAUUGUGGAGGAACUACUGACUGAAGAACAUCGUCUGCAUAAACAUAAAUGAAUUAUUCGGUGAUGGCGAAGCAUUUUCUGGCUUGCUUUGCUUUGUGGUGUCGGUCUGUGCUGGGAACCAGUUCAACCAUGGUUCUGGUACCAUUCCCUCCCUCUUCCUGACACUGUAGACAUUACGCUUCUGACAUGUGCUCAAAAUGUUUUCUACCCAUUCUUACUUAUUAUUAAUGAAGAUGAUGACGUACCGUUAAUCCUUAGUGCUGCCACCUAGUGUCUUGGGUAGGUAUUUCAAGGUUUGCUAAUUUUGAGGCUUUCAGAACCCAGAUUUAUUUUUAUUUGAUUAAAAAUUUUCCUGAACGAUGGAGUUAUGUUAACUGAACAUAGAAGAUAUAUUCCUAAAUUCUGAUCUUUGUGGUUGUGAUGAGAAGAUGUGGAGGAAUCUGGUUGGUUGAACCUUAGAGGAGCCUGAAUGCUUUUUGUUUUACCCAGAUUUUAAAUGUUUAUGGUUAAAUGCCAUCAAAUCAAGUCACACCUGAGUCAUCAGCUGACAGCGGGGGCGGGGCCAGUGAGUCCAGACGAUGACGUCAUGGUUGAGAAGUCAAUCAGAGCUGCUGGUUUAAGAUGUGAACUGACUCCCAGUGCUUGAAGCUGCUGGGAGUAAAUGAUGAUUACCUGUUCAGCAGCUCCACACACACCUUCACCACCGUGUUGAUGCUGCUCUGUGUGUGUCUGGGGGAUAAAUUAUCCAGCAGGAGCUGCUGGCUGUGUGUGUGUGUGUGUGUGUGUGUGUGUGUGUGAGCUGCUCUCCAGCUCCAGCCUCUCUUUGUUCCUCCCUCAGACCAGGAGUUUCUCAGCCUGCUGCUGCAGGUCAACCAAUCAUGAUAAGAAGUUCAGACCUGCAGCCUCCCUCCAUCAGCUGAUCCACCUCAGCUCUUCUUCAUGGGAUCAAUCAGUACCAAUAGAUUAGUUCUGAGGAGAAAUAUCAACACAUCUGAUAUGAAGUCGUCAGCUGCUUCUCACUCCAGAACCUUUCAGAACAUCACAUUAAAACACAUUUAAAGGAAACUUCUAAUGACAUUUUCUUAGUUAUGAUUCUUACAUUUUAUUCUGCUGAAUAUUAAUAGAAAGUACAAGUUUCAGAUAAGUUAAUUUAUUUAAAUGAUCUGUAAUAAAAGUAUAUUGUUCUUCUUUACACCUGCUUGUUCUCUUCAGGUAAAUAGGUGAUAAAGUUCUGGUUCUGUUGAUGGUAAAAAGAAAUGUUCUGUAACUUCUUAUUGUCUGGUUAACAUUUACAACAUAUCACUAUCAGAAGCUAUCAAUAUGUCCAUCUCUUGGUCUGACCAUAACACAAAGAGCUGGACAUAUUCAACCAAUCAGAAAUGUUUAAUCCCCUCCUCCACAAAGGUCCAGGGUCAAACAUAAAGCUCCUGGUUGAUUGCUCACCAGAUAAUCUCAUUUGACCCCUGCUAACUGCAGUGGAAAUGACAGGUUCUUGCACUUUAGCUAAAAUCAUAAAACCAAAUGAGAGCAGCUCAUCUGGAACUAUGUUUGCAUUAAUUAUAUGGUUAUCUUUUAUUGGUGCCAGUUGUACCAAUGAAUGUGUGGAAUGGCAUCUACAAGCCGGACAUUUCUGUGACCAUGGAGAUCAGAAAGAGACUCAUGCAGGUCUUGGUCAUCAUGUAUUUUGGUUACAGGACAGCUGGUCAGUAUUUUAUAUUUUGAGAAGCUCCAAAGAAUUUGGUGCAUUUGGACUCGUAGGACUCUAAUUUGCUUGUUUUGUUGCCUAAGUCCAGGACGUUGUUCUGUUUUAGAUGGAAGUGAGAAUGCUGAAGAUCCUUUCUCUUCAGUUGUCUAUGAAAGUAACACUUGCAUAGGAUGACCUAAUAUCCAACUCCUUGUCUGUGUUUUCCUCUAGUUUUGCAGGCGGUUCUGCCCUCUGAUGCCCAUCCAGUCCAGGAACCAAACAGCUUGGUCCAGUGCCAACAAGCUUCUUCAUCAUUUACCUCAUCGACCUCCUCCCAACUGCAGGACAAACAUCAGAUGCUCAAGGAGAGCUGUAAGGUCUCUACUCUGACCGUGCCUCCUCUUUCUUCUGUCUCAGGUGACCAUCAUCUGCUUCGCUGCCAUGACAACGCCCUUGAUAUGCCGAAGGGCAAGCGUGCCUUUAAGAUGAAGCACACGGCGGGAGAGGCAGCAAGAGGAGCGGAGAGAGACAGGGGAGGAAGUGAGGACGAAGAGCAGAGUGGAAAGGUGUCCCAGUCGGACCCCUCCAAGUCCCCAGGACGGCACCCUGCCUCUCCAGAGACCCAACACUCUGCUCGGCCGGUCCCUCCAGAGGUUCGGCGCCUCAUCGUGAAUAAAACUGUGGGGGAAACGCUGUUGCAGCGCGCUGCUCGGCUUGGAUAUCAGGAGGUGGUGCUGUACUGCCUGGAGCGGCAGCUCUGUGACGUCAACCACAGAGACAACGCUGGGUACUGCGCCCUCCAUGAGGCUUGCGCCCGCGGCUGGCUGGGAAUCGUACGGCUUCUGAUUGCUCAUGGUGCCGAUGUCAACUGCAGCUCUCAGGAUGGGACCAGGCCGCUUCAUGAUGCCGUGGAAAACGACCAUGUGGAGGUGGUUCGCUUCCUGCUGGCGUGCGGCGCUGACCCCACCCUUACCACAUACUCUGGGCGAGGACCACUCAGCAUGACCCACAGCGCUGCCAUGGAAACCUUCCUGGAAGACUAUCUGUCUGACAUCCAGGGAAGGUCGGAGGGCGACCCGGGAAACUGCUGGGAGUUUCACGGCAGCUCCGUGUGCGAACCGUCGUGUGAAGGAGCAGUGUACAAUAUUCUGGCUGACCCACCUGGACCAGAUGAGGAUGAGGAGGACGAAGACGAAGACAUGGAUGAAGAGCACCAAGCCAGGAGAGAAGUGUUUGAGUUUGAGCUUUCAGAUCGACCUCUGCUUCCAUGCUACAACAUCAAGAUGUCUUCGUCACACGGACCCAGAAACUGGCUCCUCCUGGCGGAUGUCCUUGGUCGGCUUCGGAUGACGUCUCGCUCUUUCCGGCGCCUGUUCCCACAGCUCAACAUACAGUCCGUCCCUGAAGACGAGUUUUACCGGCAGGCGUCCCUGUCCCAGCUGCUGACGGGUCCUGAUGAGCAGGAACUGGCCUCCUUCAGACCAGAUGUGAAGGAUCCUCUGGAGCUGGUGGAGGCCACCCCUGAGCUGGCUGGCAUGCUGGGGUCUUCCCUUGAGUUUGUGGACAGUCGCUGGGACUCCUUGGAUGUUUCCCCACCCUCAACACCACCACCAUCACCAGGACCACCUCCAUGUCCUACACAGUCAUUACCUGCAGGACCACAGGAAGAGGACACGAGCCCUGAGAGCAGGACUGUGAAGUCCAUUUCAGGACCUCAACAUUCAGGAUGUUUUCCUCCUUCAGUUAAAUUAGACUCCAGCUUGUGGGGUCAACAAAAAGAUGAAGCUCCAACCUCGACAAAGCCAGGAAUGACUCUUACUACUAGCUGGUGGGAACCACAGAGACCACCAAAUCCUGGGACCAAUGGGCCUGGGAAUCCAGAUUCUAAAAAGGGGGAGCAACAGUCCAGAGAAAGGAAAACCUCUGGACUCACUUCCAUGAAACUGAACUCUGUGGAUGGAGAAAAGAUGUGGGAACAACAGCGACUGAGAAGUAGAAAUGUUGAAACCAAAGUGGUCGGUGAAGAACCGAAACCGGUUCCGAUUCGAAAUAAGAAGGCGGGAGAUUUGAAUCCUGCACAUUUAAAAGAAGAACUCACCUCAAACAUCUGGAAAAAUCAAGGGAGUAAGGCAGGGACCGAUCUGGACUGUCCAGAUGCAUCUGCUUUGACUGAACUACCACUUCAAAGUAGGAGGUCUGAGAUCUCCAGCUGCUCUAAGCUGGACCUGUGGCACCCUGAGGGAGCAAAGAGACCCGGUGGAACCACCACAGCAGCCAACACCUGUGAGGGUUUCAGCCUAGCAGGCAACACCUUGAAGCUGGACGCGUCCUGGCAGAGGAACCUGACCAACGUCAGAGUCCACAUCAGGGACCUGGGCAUGAAAGUUGCUGGCCUCCAGAAAGACGUUAAGAAGGUUUCAGGAAAAGUGGUGGGAAAGGGUUCUAGAGUCAAAACGAGGUCCUGAGAUGAUAGAAGACCAACUGGUCCAGGUCCAGUGCCUCUAACUGGUAGCCAGUGAGGUGGACACGAUUGUAAACAUGCUGUAAACUUUGUAAAAACCUCUUUGGGUUGUGUUCUCUGACUGUGACUGUGUUAACUGUAAAGACUUUUUAUUUAUGGCCCAGAUAUGUGACCUUUGUGACUUGGUGUAAAUACGACUGGAUCUGUGUUAGCAUGGUCCGUUCAGGCAUCCUGCUAGCUUUCAUCACUGUUCAAUAAAGACACAAAGAAAGAAA